CAAACCAUGUGAUCAAACGCACCGCACAAUUCGCACAGUUACGCAGAUGCCGAAUUUGGAUCUCCCUUGCCUCAUAUUUGACCUAUGGACAGCAAUUCAGGGUCUCAACACGCGGUUUUGACGGUUGACGAUUCUUUGACCAAUUACCCCACCAUGGCUUCUAAUAAAUACUCAGUGUUGCUACCUACCUAUAACGAACGUGAAAACCUGCCCAUCAUCACGUGGCUUCUUGCGCGUACAUUUACCCAACAGGGCAUUGACUGGGAAAUCGUUAUUAUCGACGAUGGCAGUCCUGAUGGCACUCAAGACGUCGCCAAAGAACUGCAAAAAGUAUACGGCGAAAAUCAUAUCCAAUUAAGACCGCGCGCUGGCAAACUGGGUUUAGGUACUGCUUAUGUGCACGGGUUACAAUAUGCCACCGGUAAUUAUAUUAUUAUCAUGGAUGCUGACUUUUCGCAUCAUCCUAAAUUCAUACCGGAUAUGAUCAAGCUACAAGCGGAGCACAAUUAUGAUAUCGUUAGCGGUACGCGAUAUCGCCCUGGUGGAGGAGUCUAUGGUUGGGAUUUGAAACGAAAACUCGUCAGCCGAGGUGCCAAUUUCCUUGCCACCUUGAUGCUGCGACCAAAAACUUCGGAUCUGACAGGCAGCUUCCGCUUGUAUAAGAAGGAAGUCUUACAUCAACUCAUUAAUGCCACAAUAUCCAAGGGCUAUGUUUUCCAAAUGGAGAUGAUUGUACGAGCACGACAGUUCAACUACUCUGUCGGUGAAGUGCCGAUUACGUUUGUGGAUCGUGUUUACGGCGAAAGUAAAAUGGGUGUUUCUGAAAUCGUACAAUAUGCUCAAGGCGUGUGGCGUUUAUUUAGAACAAUCUAAUGUUUUGGUUCGGAUUAAAUAAAUCUUAGGAUCGUAUUUGGGACAGUGUCAAUGUAUAAAAUGUGCUUUUCGAAUGGG